UGAUUUUGCAUUUCCGGGGGGGAGAUCUGUUAGUAAACAAAACAGUUCUCUCACCUGUCAGCUCCUGCACACUGCUUUGCAUGGCUGUGCACAGCGCAGUCAUUCAAAGCAGUGUGCUUACAGUGAAGCACAUAGAUACAGCUCCAAGUAAAACAGCACACAGCACACUGUUAACCCUUUGAUCGCCCCUCAUGUUAACUCAUCCCUGCUCAGUGCCAUUAGUACAGUGUCAGUGGUUUUUUAUUAGCACUGAGCACAGUAUUGGUGUCACUGGGGAUGUCAGUGACACCAAGUCAGUUCCCCCCAGUGUCAGAAUGCCUGCCGCAGUCCCACAGUCCUGCUAUAAGUCACUGAUUAUUAGUAAAAAAAAA